AUGAUGCAGCAGCGACGAGCCGCUCGGCGAUCGGCCGCUCUGAGCGUAGCCCAGCCCCCCUCCGUGCCUACCUCCCCUCUUUACUCGUCUAAACGCCUCGUUCGCCGCAUCUCCCAAGCUCCAGGCCAAGCGCAUGACGGGUCGUCCUCCGGCUCUUCCUCCCCCGACUCCCUCUACUCGAACAGCUCCCCCACGCUACCCGACCCGGCGUUCGAGUUUGACGGAGGCGAGCAGAUUCAGGAGCACGAUGAGGCGGAGUACGAGUCGCUCAUGGCGGAGAGUGCAGGAUGGCAGACUCCGGCAUGGGGAACAUGGCCGGAGGUAGGGGGACUGGGAGCGGACUGGACGCCUAGUCCCACUCAUCACUCACCUUCCGGCGGCACCAUCAUCUCCAUCUCGCCAGCGGGCAGUCUCAACAGUCGGCGCGGUCGCGGGUCACCCUUUUGGUCGGGAGCCAAGGCGCAGACGCCUACGGAUGAUGUGCGCCGGGGCAGCGAUGCUAGUCUACUUGGCUUCAACCUCAACAGCCCAGACCGCAGACGUCUCCCGGCCGCCCGGAGGCGAUCGAGCGUCAUGUCCAAUGGGUCCGUGAUGGACCCAGUGGAGGACGCUCGGCUGCGCAACAUCAAUAGCAUGAGCAUGCUGCGGAGGCGGUUCUCGGAGGUGGUCGAGAUCGCGGCAACGGCGGAGCAGAUGCAGGGGCGCCAGGAUACAUUGGUCGCUCGGCGUAUCAUGAGUCAGUGGUCGCCUUACUCGGACGCGUCGGAGGCGGAAGACGACGACGAUACGUCCGAGAUCCACACGGCGCCCUACAUCCCUACUCCUCCCGUCCAGCACUCGGUCCCUACAGUCCUCUCCAACUUUCCUCUAGCCUCUACCGCCGCUGCUCCGGACUAUGCAGACUCCUCAUCCGAGAUGCUCCAUUCCCAGUCAUCCUCGCCCGGCUCGCCUGCCUACCAUGCUCGGCCCCUCCCUCGCAUCCCCCGAGCACCCCCACCUCGGACCUUCGCUACCCCACCUCCCCCUGAUCAGCCCGCCACACUGCUCAAAGAGCGAUCAAGGCCGACUCUCUCGCGCGCCAUCACGGACUAUCAGUUCCCUCCUCGCCCAGACGUCGUGCCUACCGGAGUAGCGGCUCCGCGGCCGGUGCUCCACCGCUCCACCUCUACCCCGUUCUUCUCCGCUUCGGCCAACGGGAGAGAGGCGGCGUCGUUGCUGUCCACCCGCGUCAACGCCAUUAUGCCCCUCCAUCGGCCAAUUCCGCUUGGUGUCUCGCCGCUGCGCGCAUCGCUCCGUCGUCAGUCGGUAGUUUCGGACGGCGACUCGAGGCGGGGGUCUCUGGUCGAGUCCAGGCGUCCAUCACUCGCAGCUCAAUUGCCGGACCGCCGCUUCUCAGCAGUCAAGGAGGGGGAUCUGAGACGGGCCUCGAUGGACAGGCGACUGUCUAUCGAGAUGAGGCGGAUGUCGUUAGAAGGGAGGAAGAUGUCUGCGGAUGGGCGCAAGGUGUCGAUGGAGGGGAGGAAGCUGUCCACGGCGGGGAGGGAGGCGUUGCCGAUUGGGCUGAGAAUGUCAGUGGAUGGGAAGCAGAUGGGUGACUCCCGCUCGCUCGCGUCUCCUAUCCGGGAUAGUCGUCGUGCAUCGGCAGCAUCCAUGCGGAUGAUCACCACCGUCGAGGAGCGCCGCCGGUCCUCUGCGACCUCUCGCAAGAGCUCGGUCGUCAGUGUCGGAGAGUACGGCUAUCUCGCGCCCCAGAUCGUCAUUGAUGCUGCGCCCUCCGUCUCCCCCGAGAUGGUCCAGCCCGUCCCCCGCUUCAAGCGCAACGCACCCCCAUCAAUCGUCCUUCCGGAGUUCAGCUUCCCCUUCCAGGCCACGCCUACUUCCACAACGAGCGCUACCGGGGGUCUCGCCAGUCCAGAUGUCAAGACGCCCCGCUUCAACCCACUGGACAGCUUCCUCGGCCGGGCGAGUCCCAGCCCCAACUUGCCCUCUUCGCCGAGUACGGUUUGCCCCCUCUCCCCUCUGCCUACGGAGGACGAGUCGGCCUCGGUCACUCCUACCAUCCCGUCAGCCAGUCCUCGGCAGAGCAUCAUGGAUCGCGGCCGGCCGCUCUCACCUCCUGAGUUUCGCGAGUCCUUCCUCCCUCGCUUCCGGGGUCCGUCGCACCAUAGCCCAAGGUCAAGUCCGGUCGAGACACUUGCGUCGGUCGCACCUGUCCCUCCACCCGUCCCGGUGGAACAGUCGCGGGCAGCCACUCCUCCAGAGGUUCCCCGACAAGUCAGCAGGAAGGCGGUACCGAGGAUCUCAGAGGCGGAACUGAUAGUCGAGGAGAGGCGAGAUCAGUCUAUGCGGAGGCGGAGCAGACGGGGUGCGGUAGGCCAGAUGGAGCCAAUGGGGUCGUCAGGAAGGGAGAUGGCCCAUAUCCUCGAGGUGGCGCCGUCCCUUAUUCAGCGCGAGGCCAGUCCCGUCUUGCCCCCCUCGGUACAGCGCACUGCGACAUCGUCUCACCGCCGAGCCAUCAGCACCGACCACACCUCCCGCUCUCCUCCGGCUCACAUCGGUAUGGGCCGUCCUCCCAAUCGGCGCCAGGUCACCCUUCCCGCUCCUCUUGCGCCGGUCAUUGAGCCAACCAGGAUCCGGAAGAGUCACGUCGUUUUUGAGGAGUCUACCUGGGGUAACCCGGCGCAUCUUCAACAACCCUUGGCCCCAUCCUCCCCGGCCGUCCCCUCCUCUCGGCCCCGGACGCACUCCCGCACUCAGUCGUCAUCCUCCCCUGCUCCAUCCGUCUCGACCCACCUCACCCACGCGUACGGCCCCUCCCCGCCACCUCGUGCCGAGGGUCUACUUCCACCCGUUCCUCAGCCUCGCUCGCUCGAGAAGUCUGUUCUCAAGCGAUCAUCGGUCACCUUCUCCGAGACGCCACAGGCAAUCCCCAAUGCCUCUGGCUCCGCGUCGCGUCCGACCGUCUCUCGCGCGUCAUCCUUCACUCGCUUCUUCAAGUCGAGGCCGCAGUCCAUCUCGGGUCCCCUGCCCUUGGUGGGUCCGUCCAAGCCGGUGCGCCCGAGUAUACGGCCGAUGAGUUCGGAUGUGGCGGGGAUGGGGCAUAGCUGGCAGGGGUGA